GAUGUACAGUCCCAUCCAUCUGCAGGGCCUUCCUAAGGAGUCAUGACUGGUGAUAGCCCAGACAAGAAAAAGGGUUGCAUUUGACUUGACUCAGGGACCAGGGAACUGUAAAUGCUUUGCUUUGUACUGUGAUGAAGUGUGAAAGACUAUAUUUGAGUGACAGGGGCAUGCCUGGAUCUCAGGUUCUACCUGAGACCACACCUUUUCUGUGACAUAUCUAUGUCUUGAUGAUGCAUCUUGAGAUGUAUUAUGGGAAACUUUGAAAUACAGGUGUAACCCAUUGAUGGGCUUCUGGCUGCUUCAUCUUUGUGGCAGUAGGAAGUCUUGUUGCAACAAUAAAGAUUGGGCUCCAAGGACUCCCGUUUACACUUGUGAGUACAAAAGGGUAAUUAAUCUAUUAAGGGUCGGCUUUUGUGAUGCUAACCAGGGACCUGUAACUAAGGGUUGUAGUAAAAAAAAAAAACCUUUUGGAGUUGGAGAAAAAACUUGGUUUUCCUGUGUUGUAGGUCAGCGUGAGCAGAGAGGGCACAGUAGCAGAUUAUGGCUUGGUGGCCAGGGAAGACAUUGAGGCAGGAGAAGUCCUUUUCACCAUCCCAAGAACGGCAGUCCUUUCGCAGUACACAAGCCCCCUUUCUUCCCUACUAGAGAAAGGUACAGGAAUGGUUUUUGGGGGAUUCUGUAGCGUCAUUAAAAGCUUCAUGUUCAUUGGGCAGCCUGUCCAACCAGGUGCCCUCCAGCUGUUUUGAAUUACAACUCUCAGUGUACCAGCAUCAGUGUGCUUUCUAUCAUAUAGAAUAGCCUUUGCUAAGCAGGUGCCCUCCAGAUGCUAUUGGACUACAACUCCCACCACCCCCACUUGGCAUAGUACAUAUGCACACACACAGUACCCUCUAUUAAUAAAUCCAUAUUCUCUGUGUGUGUCUGGUUGUGCUAAAGGAGGUAGAGGCUCCAGAUUGCUGACCUAUGGUGUACAGCAUUGACAGCCAGUCAUGGUAAUGAUAGGAAUUAUAGUCCAACAGCUGGAGGGCACCAGGUUGAUGGAAGGCUGAUAUAGAGUGGCUAUUGUCCUACAAAGAAGAAUGUGCAUGUUGAUACUUAUAAAUGGGGUGGAGGAAAUAGCAAGCUCCUCAGUAAGCUUCCAGAUUCUUCAGAAUGCCCCAAACUGUGUCAUCCUUGAGAGAGAUUGGAGAGUUGUGUUCUCAACUAUGGACGUAGGUUUCUGGCUGAUUUGGCUUGCUCUCUUAACAGAUAAUAGUUCUGGCGUUCUUACACUCUAUUUUAUUUACCUUUAAUAGAGCAAGCCUCUCUGGAGAGUCAGUCCGGCUGGGUUCCGCUCCUGCUUUCUUUGCUUCAUGAGUCCACAGCCAGUGAUUCUCGUUGGGGGCCUUAUUUGUCACUGUGGCCUAACUUCAGGGGUCUGGAUCACCCCAUGUUCUGGUAAGAGGGGAGGCUGUUUGGCUGUGUUCUGCCAGCACCCAGCUUCCUCAGGUAAAUCAGUUGCAGCACAUCUUCACCAAACAAAUUUGGAGUCCAGAGCAGAGUCAACCACCUCAAGGAUGCUUGUGAAGCAUGCUUGCAGUAGCUCAGAAAAUGAGGCUGGGCUGGGCAUGGUCAGGUGCUUGUGCUGGAGCAUAUCUUCAUGACUCCAGUCCUAGGGCUUUUCAUUCCCCCUUGUUACGCCAGAAGAUGCAGGCAGGCACUGUAGUUUCUUCCAUAGGAAAAAAUCAAAGACUUUUGACACUGGUGUUACCAGCUCGGUGGUACUUGAGAUGUUUGAUUGAGAGGCUAGUUUAUUUCUGGAUGAUAAUGGUGACAUGUUUGAACCUCGGGCAGGUUUGUGUCUACCCACCUCCACCUCUUUGUUCACAGUUUCUUAAGAAUAGGUUUAAAAACACUUGAGAGUGGGUCAUCUAAACAACCGUCACUUGAGAAUCAAAUAUUAAUGGUGUUAAUGGUGUUAAUAAGUGCUUCUUUUUAUGAUGGGGUGGGGGGGAGUGAUGUAGAGAGUAGUAUAAUGAAAGGGUGUUUUGGUGAGGGAGUGCAUAGAGUGCAGAAACCAUGCUCUAGUCUUGGAUUAGGAAAACUAGGAUGGUUUGAGAAUACAUAUUGGAUCUUUCAGAUACCAAGGUGAUAUCUAGAUCUCAGAUGAGGGAGUAGCCAGCUUGUCAGUACUGUUCAGCACAAGUGAGCAAUCUGGGGGACUCUACUUUCUUCAGCGCAGCUAAUCCACCCAGUCUGGAGAGGGAGAGAAGAUGGGGCUAUGGAUGAAGGAGAUAGAGGGUGCUUGGUGUGAGGGUUUGUGUGUGCGCACGUGUGUGCGCGUGUAUGUGCGUGCGUGUGCAUGCAUGAGAGAAUAGAUGGAGUGAAGAGGGAGAAAGAAAGUGGAUGUUCCAUCCACUUUUUGCUUGGGUGCCACUUCUGCAACUGGUUUGUAGUGCCUCGCCGCUUUCUGGCCAAGAGAGUGUAGCCUGCUGUACAGGAACCAUUUUGAUUGUUCACUUACUUGGCUUCUUGCAUAAAGAAAGAAACUGCACCUUCUGCUUGCUGUUUUGUACAGGAGUAAAGAAGAGCAGAUGAGACUUCUGCAAGGAACAGGGAUCCCAGAAGCUGUGGACAAGGACUUGGUCAAUAUCCAAACAGAGUAUUCCACCAUCAUCCUGCCUUUCCUGAAGGCCCACCCAGAUAUAUUUGACCCUGAGGUGCACACUCUGGAGCUCUACAAGAAGCUGGUGGCCUUUGUCAUGGCAUACAGGUGAGAGAGAGAGGAAAGGUGGGAGCCAGGAGUGGUUACUCUCUAAAUUGCCAAGGGGUGAGCAGGGUGUGUACUGUUGUUUUCCAUCUGGGACACUGUGAUUUGGAGUUUAAAGAGAUGGCACCUGAGCAGCAUUCAGGUUGAGAAACUAAAUAUAUGCAGGAAGUGAGUUGAUAGAGGAGUCCCAGAUGGGGUUCAGUUUUUGGUGAACUGAGAAGGCAGGAAAGCAAAAGUUGCCGAUCAACAAAGGAGAGAAGUGUCACUGCUGUGCCUCUCUUCCUUUCCACAUAUCUGGCCUUGGACAGUUGGAACUUUCCUUGUAUAAACCACAGCAGGGAUGGGGAACCACAGGCCCAGAGGCCAGAUGUGCCUACCUGGCCCUCUGCUGGUCCUUGGCACUCUUCCCCAGGCUGGAAUGUGUCUUUGAACUCUGAUAAUGCUUCUUGUUUGCUUGGAUGAAGGAUGGGGUUUGAGGGAGUAUGUGUAGAAACGAGCCUCCUGUGGGAAGUUAAGCUUUCCAUCCUUCGCUCUGCCUUCUUCUGCCUCUGGCCCCUCCUAGGUUGCACCUGUAGAGAAUGCGGCCCUCAGACUGGAAAUGGUUCCGCAUUCCUGCUCUACAGACUGUCUUUACAGUUGAGCAUGUAAACUGGUAUGUUGAGGCAGGAAUAUACAAAUGAACAAAUAAUGUAUGUUAGAGGAGCAUAUUUAGGUUUUACUGAAGAAAGAUGCUCCACUUUUUAACUGUAACGUCCCACAGCUCCUAGAGCUUGAAUUUAAAGAGCCUCAUCUAGGGUGCCCAAGCAGCCUAGAACAGCCUUUCUCGACCUUGGGUCCCCAGAUGUUGUUGGACCAUAACUCCUGUUAUCCCUGACUGCUGGUCCUUCUCACUAGGGAUGAUGGGGUUUUUAGUCCGAUCACAUUUGGGGACCCAAGGUUGAAAAAGGCUGUUCUAUGCUGCUUGGGCACAGAGAGCCAGUGUGGUGUAGUGGUUAAGAGCAGUAGUCUCGUAAUCUGGGGAACCGGGUUCGCGUCUCCGCUCCUCCACAUGCAGCUGCUGGGUGACCUUGGGCCAGUCACUCUUCUUUGAAGUCUCUCAGCCCCACUCACCUCACAGUGUGUUUGUUGUGGGGGAGGAAGGGAAAGGAGAAUGUUAGCCGCUUUGAGACUCCUUCGGGUAGUGAUAGAGCGGCAUAUCAAAUCCAAACUCCUUCUUUUUCUUCUUCUUCUUCUAGAUGAGGCUCUUUAAAGUAAAGCUCAGAUUGAGUUCAGGGGCAGUUCUUGGAUUGUGUGUUGCAGUUUCUAAACUAGUAGCCAUUUUCAGAGCCAUGUGCAUCUCUUUCCCUCUCACCAACCUCAACAUGAUUUGGCUGUACUUAAAGCUGCCUCGGUCUAGUAUCUCCCUGCUUUGUUCCCCACUAGUUUCCAGGAGCCUUUGGAUGAAGAAGAGGAAGAUGAGGAGGAGCCCAAUCCCCCAGUGAUGGUGCCCAUGGCAGAUCUCUUGAAUCAUGUGGCUGACCACAAUGCCAACUUGGAAUAUUCACCGGUGAGCAGAGCAUACAGAGCUUAG